UCUGCUUCCGUUUUCCGUGCAGCUGAAGCUAACGAUCUGUCGCACGUGCUGCGUCGGUGAAAACGGUUUAAAAUCGCUGUCGGUUGGAAAAUUGCCCGCCAAGCCCUUGCGUUCAUGAUCACCGUUCCAAAGCUCACCUGUCAAAAUACGCCUGACAGAUCGGUCGAUCAGUGAUCGUGAUCGUGUGCGUUGUUCAGCAGCAGAACAGCCGUAACAGCGGAAGGAAAAGCGUUAAUUAAGCACGUGUUUUAGCCCUUGACAACGGUUGCUAACCACGAACCAGCAAGCAACUCGAUAGCAACAAAACACAUUCACACACCCACCCAUCCGUCUACAGUCGUGUUUCUCUCGCUGUCUCCUAUUAAACGUGGAAAACGCCAUGAGGCAAUUUAUGCUGGGAGUGGUUUUCCUGCUGGUCGCCGCUAAAAGUGCCGCGGCCAUCAGCUGCUACGUGUGCAAUACGACCGACUCGACGGCACCGUUCCAGUGCAGCGAAUGGUUUGAACGCUUCGAUCGGCCCGACCUCAAGCCGGUCGAUUGCUCCAACGUGUAUGGGGCGAAGUACUGCAUCAAGCACAUUGGCCGCUUCGAAGCGUACGGUAUCCUCUGCUACCAGUGCUCGUCCGCCCACUCCAUGUACUGUUCGGACAUGCUGGUCGCGGACGAGGCGUCCCCCUUCAAACCGGAACCGUGCGAUCACGUGUUCGAGGCAGAGUACUGCAUCAAGUCGACGGCAAUGCAUGAUGGCAUCGGAGCCAAGCGUUACUGUUCGUCGCGCGAUCUGGGCAACUACUGCAACUAUGUGCGGAAUCCGGGCGAUCAGAUCGAGUACCGAUCGUGCAUCUUCACCUGCGACACGGACGGAUGUAAUGCUGCUCCACGGUCCCAGUUCGUUUCCGGUUCGCUUCUAGCCAUCGUGACGACGCUGAUGAUGAUGGUGGUGGUCGCAGCACAGUAGAGAGGUCUCGUCGGUGUAAAUGUAUUUCCAUAUCCUUUGGCUCUAGCGAAUUGUAGAUUGUUUUUUGAAUAUGAUUUUCAUCCCUCCGUCCAGAUAGUCGUUGCUAGAGAAGUUUUCCAUUCCAUUUUCCAUUCCGUCCAUUCCGUUUAUCCCGCACAUUAGACCACAGCAUCUUCGCUAUCUGAGCGGGUUUUAUAUAAAAAAACAACACCACAAUAUGUUCAAAUAAUAGGUCUAGGACUAAUGAUAGAGGUUAGUGAGAUAUUUUUUUGUAAUAAAAAAAGCUCUACACAAAAUAAAA